CACACGCAGACCUUCAAUAUACAUGUUCACUGUUGAUUCAUGCAAGAAUUAAAAUGAAGAUAAAUUAAUCCCUGGAUUUGGACAUUCAAUCUCUACCUCAACUCACCUGUGCAAAAUUGAUGUUCUGACCCGACACCCUGAAGUGAUAGCCUAUACCCACCAGUUACAGUCCUCAGUACAAGCAGCACACAGACUGAGACCAAGCUGCUCCAGAGAAACAUGGGCUCUGCCGGACACCUGUGCUCGUCUCUGCUGGUUGUAUUUUUGCUGGGGCUACACCACUCCUCGAGUUUCUGGAUCAUCAACGUUGUCUUCCCACCCAACGCCAAAACCAGAGUACCCAGUAACAGCACUCCACCACUCAUCAUCGUACCAGGGAGCAUGGGGAACCGCCUGGAAGCUAAGAUAGACAAGCCAACACUGGUCCACUGGCUGUGCUACAAGAAAAGUGAACACUGGUUCCCCCUGUGGAUCGACCUCAACAUGUUGAUGCCUGUUGGUGUAGACUGCUGGAUUGAUAACAUUAGACUUGUUUACAACAGGACAACUCGGCGGUCAUCCAACUCUCCAGGGGUGCAGGUGCGGGUGCCAGGAUUCGGGCAGACCUAUGCCAUUGAAUUUCUUGACUAUAACAAACUGGCUGGUUAUUUUCACACUAUGGUGCAACAUUUGGUCAGUGUGGGCUAUACCCGAGAUGAGACAGUCCGAGGAGCACCAUAUGAUUGGAGAUUAGCUCCGAAUGAGAAUGCGGAGUAUUUCACGAAGCUGCAGGACCUGGUUGAGGAGAUGUACGAGCAGUACCAGCAUCCCGUUUACCUGCUGGGACACAGCAUGGGCUGCCACUAUGUCCUCUACUUCCUCAACCAUCAGCCUCAGGCCUGGAAGGACAAGCAUAUCAGGGGCUUCAUUUCCCUAGGAGCCCCAUGGGGAGGUGCUGUUAAAGCACUUAAUGUCAUGGCGUCAGGUCAGAAUUAUGGCAUUGCAAUGGUUUCCAACAUCAAGAUCCGUGAGGAGCAGAGGAUGAUGACAACUAAUCCGUGGAUGCUGCCAUUUGAAGAAGCCUGGCCAAAGGAUCACGUGUUCAUCUCCACACCAACCUUCAACUACACCACCCAGGACUAUCAGCGUUUCUUCAGAGAUAUCAGUUUUGACGACGGCUGGUACAUGUGGGAGGACACCAAGAACCUCACUAGUGAUCUCCACCCACCUGGUGUUGAGGUGUGGUGCAUGUAUGGCGUGGGGCUUCCAACUGUUGUAACAUACAUUUACGACGAAGGGUUUCCCAACACGGACCCAGUGGACUUUGUGUACGCCGACGGGGACAACACACUGAACAGCUAUAGAAUGAGUCUUUGCAAACAUUGGGUGGGGCAACAGGAGAAGCCUGUCCAUGUAACAGAGUACAGAGGACUCCCCCACUUUGAUAUAGUGUUUCAUGAAACAGUGCUCAACCAAAUCCAGAAUAUCCUGGAAGGCAAGUCAGACACACCUACAGAGGUUGACGUCAGAGAUAAGACUGCAUAGCAGACAAUAACAUUUAUAGUAAAAGUAAAAAAAACAAAAACAAAGAAAAAACACGGAGUGUUAGCUUUUCCACAGCUAACUUUUGAGUGUGUUCAAGUGUCAAACACAAUGCACAUUUCAGCUCCAGCAUUUAUUAGAACCCCUCCCUUAGCCCAAGUAAGUGCAACAUUUCCAAAGUAAUGUGGUCUUGCAAGUAACUUAACCCUUAUCUAAACUAAAUGCUGAUGACUUGCAGCAGGGUUUGACUCUGAUCUGUUUAUUUAUACUCCCAAUCUGACUAUUUUGGUGUACCUUCCCUGUGUUUGAUGAUGAUCAUGAUGAGACAUACUGUAUAAUGUGAUCAUGGUAUGUACAGUCAUGGCCAUUGACACCCCUGCAUUUCUGUCAGAU